GGGUCGGUGAAGUCGCGCGGUGCAUCUGUGCUGUAGUACUCAGGUCAGAUAUUUUUUCCGCAAAUGUCACAGCCUAUGGUUGCGGUUGCGGGGCCCAGCGGCGUGAACCCACGCCGUCGAAAGUUAGUCGACCAAGAUGUUCCUGCUGUAUUGCGCUCGAAAAAAGCUAAACGAGCGCGGCUUUCUCGUCGCCAGCGCAAGCAGCGCAUUAUUGAAGAGAACGAAAAGUACGAACAGCUUGUACUCUUCUGGAUAAGAAUCAUCAAGUACUUCAUGAAUAAGGCCGCAAGAGCAAAAGAAGAAACAGAAUCAGCGCCAACUUCAGAGUCCGGCCCAUCGUCAGGGUCCGGCCCAUCAUCAGGGUCCGGCCCUUCAUCAGCGUCCGGCCCUUCGUCACCGACCGGUACUUCUUCAGUGACAUUGGAGACAUCGGUGGCAUCACAGGCAUCACACAGUGAUCCAGAGCAGUGUGCAUUGGCGGCAUUGGCACCAUCAGCGGCAUCGGCACCAUUGGCGGCAGCAGCAGCUGAACAGCCCAAGACAUCAGCUGAACCACCACUACCGCCAAUAUCAACACAGCCACCAGCACCACCAGGAUCUCUGCCAGACACAGCACCAUUAGCACCACUGUCGCCAGCAUCUGCACCAUUAGCUGCAGUACCAAACGAACAGCUCAUCGUCACCGCAGUGCCGUCAUUGCCAUUUCCAGGUGAAAAUGCAGGCAGUGCUGAUGUGGUGUUGGUGCAGGGGUCUGACGAAGACUUGAUUGUGGAAUAUAACGAUUCCAUACCAUUGUUCGAGAGCGAUACACAUGAUAUGUACGUGAUUGUGGAUGAUUCAGAUUACACCUUCGAAUUGCCCUUUGAGUGUAUGGAGAGCGGCAGAUAUGCUGCUGAAGCAUAUAUGUGAAUUAUUCUCAUCCUCAACUGAAGAUCUUAUACCUUACAUGUUUUACUAUUUUAAAUUAUUCCUAAAUAUAAACAUUUUAUUGCCUAUCAUAAUAUAGAAAUAGUGUCUUGUAUAACCUAUCAUAUAUUAGUGAGAAAUAAAGUACU